AUGUAAGUUCCCGCCUUUAUUCUCUAUUUUAGAUUCAUUGUAAUAAGGGCUAUUCCACUAAAUGUACAGAACCCCCGUUGAUUAAGUAAUUUCAUAGCGAAAGCACAAUAAUUUAAAUGAAGCAACUUUUUUUCCCUCUGCAAAACUGGUGUGUUGAAAGUAUUAAAGGACGCAGGACCUUUUUCUGAGAAACCCUUCAAUCUAUACAUGUUUAAAAUCUCUUUCAGGACUAUGCUUGCUCGCUGGUAUGAUCUGCAGAGAAAGGAGGCUGGUAAAGGAAUCAAGGUAUUGAACGGUUUUAUAUAACUUAAUAAUAAUAAUAGUAAUAAUACUACUACUACGAAUAAUAAUAAUCACUAUUAUAAUUUACCCUUGGCAGUGUUUUGGCACUAAUAGGGUCUUAGAGAUGCCGUGACAGUGACGACAGUGAGAACAUCAAAAAAGCAAUAGGUUGAUGCAUCAUGGGUACAUUUCAAAAUUUCAAUUAUGGAGGACAUAAACAAACAACUUCUAAAUUUUCUUUCUCUUUCUAUACUAGAAUAUGGUUUUUAGGGAUUCGUUGUAAACAGAGUUUGCUUGUAUUCGCAGUAGAUGAAUUUGAGUAAUCACAGUACAGAUUGAAAGAAUGAAAUUUCACUCUUAAAGUGACCUUUUCGUGUUAAACUCCCUAAUGUUAGUGGGGCUGAGGAAAUGCCUGUAACAAAUAAUUCAAAUUGAACUUAACAGGAUUAUUGAACUCUGGACCACAGUGAACAAAUCCAACUAGCGGUCAGAGCGGGACUUGAACUCAGAGCCUCCAAAUUGCAAGUCCAGCGCUCUAACCACUCGGCCAUCCUGCCUUCUUGUAAAAUAUUUCAAGAAUGAUUAUUGUCUUGUGACCAAUAAGAGUAAACCACAAACUGGUUAAUUACCAUGGUUACUUGUGCUUUAGUAUUCUCACACCUAACUGAAUAUAGUCACAUUCUUGAAAUAUAUUCAUGGUUUUUAUGGUUUUGUAAGUUUCACAGUGAUAUUAUCAUCAUAUGCACUGAAAGGUAUUAAAAGAAGUAGUUUGGCAAAACCCCACUUUACAGAGUUUAGGUCUUAAUUUGAGCUGUACAAAUCUACUGCUACUGUGUAAAAUUAAUAAAUACUAUUAUAGUAUUUGAUCUAUCCCAUCAUUCUCAGAUGAAUGACUUAUUUCCAGCUUUAUUGAUACAACUAAAUUAAGAUGAUUGCCUUCCAUUGCCUUUCCAAUUAAAACUUCCCAUACAUUGAAUCUUUUACAGGUCAAAAUUAAAUUCAGGUUAAAUUUUUUAAAGUAGGUUGAUUCUCAAUUUCCUUUUUCUCCUAUCCCUGAUUGUUCUUGAAUUAUGGCUAGAGGACAAAGGAAAUUAAGAAUCAACCUAGGUUAAAAAAUGUUAACAUGAAUUCAAUUUUGACAUGUAACGUAUCUGUUGAAGUUAAUUUUUUUAUUUCAGGUAAUUUUUGUUUUUCCUUUGUUUCAAAAUCAUUAGCAUACAUUACCAUACCCAAAAACAAUGGAAAAAUAAAAAUUAACUGAGAUAAAAAAUUAACUACAACAUAUCCAUAUCUCUAUUUAUGAUCCUAACUUGUUUUCUUCUUCAGGAAAGAAGACCCUUUCUUGCGACAGAAUGUGACAAUUUACAGGAAGCUGAAAAAUGGCGCCAUCAGGUGGGUUUUACCCCUUCUUUAAAAAAUCCUUUUUGACAUAAUAACAUUAUCUUGAGUUGAAAUUUUAUUAGAUUUUUAUUUACUUAGUAUUUUGUAAAUAUAGAACACUUUGCAAAUAUGCAAUAUUUUCUGGAUCAACCCACCCAGAAAAGUACAGUACCUUUUUAUUCAUAUUUGAAGGAGAUUUCUGGAUCCUUGAAAAUUCUUUACUCUACCCAUUGAGGAUUGUGGGAGGCAAUCUGAGGUAAUGUAAAUAUGUCAUAUACUGACAAGAGAUCUGAGAACACACCGGGACAACAUGGCGGUUCACUACAAACACGUUUUUAUUGAAUCUGUGCUUGCGUAUGUAAUUACUAUAUCUGGUAAAUGCACAGGGAGACCAUAACAAAAUACAGAGUAAGUUUUAUGGUUGGUUAGUGUACGUUGCCUUCUUUAUGAGAGGUCCUGAGUUUGAUUCCCAUGGCAACCUCAAAUUCACUGUUAAGCUUUUUAAAGGUACGCGUUCACAAGCCCUAGGAUUUCAUGGUAACAGUCACUUCCAGUACUGUGUUGUCACUGUGGUCUGAAAAUAAUGGAACUGAAGAAUUGUCUUCCAUUGACAUUUUCAUCCUUGGAGAUCAAUUAACAGAAAUUCACUAUUUUUCCACUGAGAUUCGUAACGUAGUAGAGCAAUUUAUUCUUUAGUUAUGUCCCGGCUUAUAUUGAUACGAAACAAAAACAUUGUUUAGCAUCUGUCAGUUUUUCUAUUGUCUGCCAUCUUAAAUCUUUCCCUAAGUGCAUUGAACAUUUCUGGUUAUGGCUUCCAGUGCCAAGAAAAAGUAGACGUCUUUGAAAAAUUAAAAUCAUUUAGGAGGUGGGUUCCCAUGAAUUUUCACGGAACCAAAAAAUUGUUACAGAUAGUCUUCCAUGACCUCUGGACACGGGACUGAACAAUUGUUUUUCAUGGGAUUUGAAAUCCUAGGGCUUGCGUUCAAAGCAAAAAAUGCCAGGACAACAGAGCGCUGGUGGAGAGAGGGGUGUAAAAUGAGUGCACCAUCAACUUUAGUUCUGUUAGUCAGAAUGUGCUCUUAACCUUUAACUUUUUAAUUGCAGAAAUCUCAAAGUGUUGAGCAUUCAGUAUUGCGUAGCUAAAUGUGUUCCCUAACCCUUGUUUCCGUUCAACAGAUCGUAAGAGAAGUUGCUAAAAAAGUUGCCCAGAUUCAAAAUGGUAAGGGUUUCAUUACAUUUAGACAGUAAACGUUGUCAUCCACAUAAUGAUUAAAAUACAGAUAAACCAUGACAAAAGUAUUCUCAUCAAGAGGUUAACUUUGGUGGGUAACAGUCCUCUGUUAACCUCUGACAUAAUAGAUUUUUUAAAGGUGUUCACUCAAAAGUGUUUGGCAGGCCAUUUUUGUUAGAUGUUGUGCCACCUUGAAGAAACAGCGGUGUAGCAAUGAGAUAGUUUUCAGGGCUCCAGAUAGGCAGAUAAGUACAGAAGUUCAGUCAUGUUGGUAAAAUCACUAACUUGUAAUUUUUUUUUCAAUUGAUAACUUGUUCCCCAGCUGGUCUUGGUGAAUUUAGAAUACGUGACCUCAAUGAUGAAAUUAACAAACUUCUAAGAGAGAAACGUCAUUGGGAAGAUCGCAUCAAGGAAUUGGGAGGACCAGAUUAUGGGGUAAGCCAGAAAGACAUUAUUGCAGUUCAUACAUGUCUAGAUAGAUUUUCAAAAACAUUACCACAAAAUGCAGACCCCCUCAGACUGUCGAGCAUUUUUUUUUUGUUACUCCAAAGUAGCCAACAAAGACCUUAACCCUCUAAGUCCCAAUAGUGACCAAGAUCAAAUUUCUCCAAACAAUAUCCAUACACUGUCAAGAGAUAAGUUAUAAGCAUUAAUAAAAUGAUCACACAAGAGAAAAUGCCUUGAUCUAUUAUCAAAUUCUCUCUACUUAUUCUUUAAGAAAAUGUAUAGAGAUCAGUUUGGAGAAUUUGUAUGUGGAUACUGGGACUUAAAGGGUUAUUAGAUUCAAGGAUGAAAACAACUACAAGUACAAGAUUUGACUGAAAGUCUUUUUGUUUAUCCUGAAAAAAUGGACACCCCAGAAAGCUUCCUCGUACUUUUGAUUCACCAGAAAAGUUAAUACUGUUAUCUUUACCAAAUGGAGGUUAAGCCCUCUCGCAGUCAUAAUUAAUGAUAAAACCUCUAACAUUUGAUAACUUGUUUCUGCCCGCACGACAUUCUUGGUAAAACUCAUACUACAACUUGACAAUGUUUUCCCUCCAGAAUGACUCUGGUUCACACGCAUGCACUACUUAGUAUUGAGAAAAUCUUGCCGUCAGAGUUGUUCUCGUCUUAGAAUCUAAAGGUCACUAAUAUAAAAACUUAAAGUUCAGCCUUUUUUUUCUCUUCGCCUCCUUUUUCUUAUUUCACCACAGAAAAAAAAAAGAAAAGACAAGAAUACAGAAAAUACACACGGAUGCACAAUGUGGUGAGGAAGCCCAAACAGAAACCAUAAGGCUUUUUUUAUAGAUAUUGGGCUUCCUCAGAGUAUAAAAGUAUAAAUUUCCAAGGCCAGGAUUAAUUGUAUACAAAGUAAUAAUUACUUUGACAUUGAUAAAAGGUGGAGAACUUUCCUCCUCGCUCUUGCUAUUUUUCCUUUUCUUUUUCCUUUGCCCGACAAAACAAUAAUAUUUUAGGGCUAAAACGGUUGCAAAAAACUGCCCUUUGGCCCUUUUCCACUCAAAUGGCUCUAGAUUUCGCUAGUUUGUUGUCAAAAAUCUGACUAGUAAUGCUAUUAAAUAAGCCAAAAAAGAACAUGAAUUAUUUUUGAUAAAAAAUAAAUGAUUUUACAGGGCAUAUUAUAUAAUGUUGAAAAUAUCAUUUUUAAUAUUGGUUCACUAAAAGAAUAUUAAUUUAACAUCUGCAGUUAUAGAUCUAAAAUGGUGUUAAGAAACUAUGACAACAAAGAUGCUUUUUUGUUGCAGAAAAUUGGCCCCAAGAUGCUUGAUCAUGAAGGGAAAGAAGUUCCUGGGAACAGAGGAUACAAGUGAGUGUUUUAAUUGGCCCUGGUACAUUGCCAUCCAUUUCUCUUUGCAAUGAAUGAAGAAGCAAUCCUCUCUGUUAUGAUGCUAUGUUGGCCUGGAAUGUGAGGAAUAAGAUAAUGUGUGGUUCAGAGCACCCUGACUGAACAGGCCUGAUGAUGUGAUGAUGAUGAUGAUGAUGAGUGCAAUAACACGCCUUAUAAUUAUUAAUUCAUGCAUUUGCAAAGCAAAGGCCGAAAAAGGAAAAUAAAUAAAUAAGAAAAUAAGACAGGGAAUGCCAAAUAAUGAAUGUUUUUCAAGCCCGCACUAUCCUCCAGUGCAUUGCUGUAAGCUACUGAAGCUACUGUUACUGAUGCAUAACUUCUGUUUCUUAUGUUGCAAUAAAGAGUGAAGCUAGUUGCCAGUUUGGUUUUAAGAAGUAUCAAAAUCAAUAUUCAAAUGAUACCAUCUCCUUACUAAGAAUCUUUGGUGUUUUUAGUUAACCACGCAAAUCACAUGUGUUCUCUUUAACCAAAAACUAUUCUCCUCUAAAAUCAAAACUGAUCUAAAGCUAAAACAAUUUUUUUUGUUACAUUUAGGUAUUUUGGAGCGGCAAAAGAUCUUCCUGGAGUUAGAGAGCUGUUUGAACAAGAACGUAAGUUUGUUAAACAGUAAAGUAGUUCAUUGAAGAGAUAAUUCACCAGGUUUUUAUUACAGUUUAUUAAAGAACAAAAUACAUUGUUCUGAAUAUGAGAUGGUCCACACCUCAGUAAAACAGACACCUUGGGUGCUUACCAUUCAAAAAUCCCCCCAGGUAGAAAUCUUCCACAUAAAAAUAAAACUAGAAAAUUUUGCAUAGUGGGAGAAAAGCUGGCUGCAAACUAUAUCCAAAUCAGCUGAACAGACUAAAAAGAGUAGGAAAAUUGCAUCGCCUUAAAUCGCAGCCCAUAUUUUCUGAAGCUUUCUAAUUGGAAUGGAAGAAAGGUGGGGGCCAUCUCUAGGAGUAUGUACCAUUUACAUGGGAAAACCGGAAAUUCAGGAUGAAAAAGCGAGCGACAUUACUCUUAGUGCUGCUCCCAAAGGUGUCUAUCUUAGAAAGAGCUAACUGAACUACCAGUCACUACAUUGUACUCCUAGAGUUGGCCCCUGCCUUUCUUUACUCUGUUUAUUUGACACUCUGUAUGGCGGACAUUACUCUUAGAGCUGCUCCCAGAGGUGUCCGUCUUAGAAUGUGUUCAUCGUAUAAAGGAUUUUUAUGGAAAGGACAACUUCAAAUUGAGAUUACCUGAAUUGUAUUAUAGCACCUGCUCCACCAAGGAAAACUAGAGGAGAGUUGUACAAAGAUGUCGAUGCAGACUAUUAUGGCUACAGAGAUGAAGAUGAUGGAGUGUUAGUUCCUCUGGAACAAGACGUGGAAAAAGAAGGUUGGUUUUCAUAAAGUAAAAUUUGCCAUAGUUUAAUCUUUUUAUUCCCAAGGCAGUAUUAAUAUUCAUGUUCUCCCAUGUUGCCAUGCCCUUGCCAUGCAAACUAGUCAAGGAACACCCUGGUUAUUGCACCUUAUACUCUCCCCAGUCCUCCUCUGUUUUCUUAAUCAAAGAGGUAGCCACUGCACGAAGAAAAUGCUGAGUAAUUGCCCAGCUGAGAAAUGUACUUGCGCUUUAAAGCCCUCUCCACCCAUUCUUGAGUCAAGAGAGCUAAUUCGCAGGUUAUGUUCGCAGUUAUCUGUAUAUUUUACCACUAUGCCAGUUGGUUUAUGAGGUACUUUUUGAUUCACCCUUUUCGCGAACCUUGCAGCUAUCGCCAGAGCAAUGGAAGAAUGGGAAAGAAGAAAAGAAGAAGGAGAGGUGGUAAAUGAACCGGAAACGGAAGAGGAAAAUAUUUAUGCUGUCACCAAAGAACAAGAGGUACAUUGUAGGCACUCUUGUAAAUGCUCCCAGCUCUUAUUGAGCUUGCGUGUCAUCUGGGGACUGGGUCGAUGUUGAGUCGAAAUGCACUGUGGAACUGUUUGCAGACACUAUAUCAUUUUUUUUUUUUAAAGGUUUUGCAGGAAAAUGACUCAAAAUUCGUCCCCCAAAACAUUCCCAUGGUUCAGUUUGACUCAACACCGACCCAGGCCCAAAGGCUAAUAAGCGCCCACGUCCUUGGCCAAAAUACCAAAUAAGCGCCCCUAGGCGCGUUAUUAACCCUCGCCGUUUUCCACUCAAAAAUAGUGUCCGCUUAAUACACUUCUGUUUUGCAAAUAUAAUAAUAUGGGAAGUGGCCUGUUCCAAGCGUUCAGAUGGCUCUCAUUCCCCACUCCACCCCUCGCUGUUUUUCCUGCCCACUUUUCUUUGCGCUUUGUCCACUGUAUGAACGCUUGGAACAGGCUAGCCUCGCACCCGGGCGUUCUUUUUGCUUGUCAUGCAACUCUUCCUAACGAACGUUCAUGGGGAAAGAACGCGCGACGAAGCCCUAGGAAUGUCUGAGUGGGAGGCUAGGAACAGGCUAUAUCAGUAUAUGGGAUGGAAAAAUUUGGUGUCAACGCUUAAUAUGGGGUCCUCUUACUACAGUCACUUUUCACUGUUAGUAACCCCGUACAGCGAUCCAUAAUGCUAUGAUAAACGUACAUGUCCCAUUCACCGUUGGAUCGCAAAUACGAGAGCCAUCAGUAGUAGAUGACACAGACUUCCAAUAUGAUUGAUUCACUUUGAGUUUUUGGCCUGGCAAAAAUGUGUUUCUCAUUUUUCCUUUAAUAGGUCAGGAUGGUAUAUUUUACUUUUUUUGGUCUUAAAGAAAAGCGAGCGAUUUACGCGGGAUCACGUAUUAAGAUCGCCCUUCGCGUUUACGGCUUGCUUUACGAUCUCUGGAGGAAAACCAUCGUGAAUGCAUGUAGCUGUUGUCUAAAACGGAUUUCCUUAUAUUUUUGCUUUGAAAAGGAAGGUGACGACGAAAUGGAGACGGAUCAAACGGAAGAAGGAAACCAGCCUUUUGUCGCUCAUGUGCCGGUACCUUCACAAAAAGAGGUUGGUUUUAUAAUUGCAAAGUUGACUUCAUUCUCAGACAUAUUGAAAACAUACUGUAAAACAUUUUGCUUUGUAGACAGACACACGGCUCAUGUAUGUGCACAGACACGUUGACAAUUUUAUUAUUUUUUUUUUUCACACCUUCUAGGUAGAGGAGAUGCUUGUCCAGAGAAAGAAAAUGGUAGGCGAACUUUGAUACAAAGGUGGUAAAAUUGCUAAAUUGAAACGAAGUGCAGUCUUUUCUAAGUUUUUUGUCUUGCUUUUAGGAAUUACUUGAAAAAUACGCCAGCGAGACAUUGAUGCAACAAAGUCAGGAGGCGAAAGCUUUACUUGGUCUUUAAAGGACGCAAGCGCUUUCUCGUGUAAAUACACCCUCUAUGCCGGCUACGGUCUGAAGCACGUCGCUCAAGCCUGUCAAGUUCCUUUUCACUUCAGAUUCUCUCUCAUAGCACGUGACCGAAUGCAAGUGAGAUAUCAGGAAACUUGCGAGCUGGGCAGGCUACACGUGACAUGCGCCGAAGUUGCCAUGGUUACGAAACACUGGCACUACAGUGGGAACACAACUGUUUGUCUUGGAAAUGAGGAACAGAGGCGAUAUUUAUCACAGUAUGGACAGCUUCGGACAAGAGAAGACAACAAAACGUGGAAACAAUUUAGGCAGCCUUGACUGUCUGCUAUAAUUUAGUAAAACGGUUUUUCAAUGUUCGUUUAAUAACCAUGACAUACUGUAUAUAAAUAAGAAGUAAAUCUCUACCCAGGCGAAACUGAUAUGUCGCUUCUUGAUAACUAUUUAUACAAUUUUGCGCGAACAUUUGUUUUGCAUGAGUCGCCAGUUUUACUAUUAUUAUUGUCUUUUUUUUAGGCUAAGAAAGGAAUUGUAGGGAGGAGCGCUGCCUGACGACUCCAAAAACGGUUGCGAAGGAGACUACCACAUUUCUCCGUUAAAAUAACAUUGUAUUUGUUUCAAGAAAACAAACUGUUGGUAUUAAGCGAGCUCUCAGAGUAGACUUCACGGGAAAAUGUCUUAUAAUGCAACACUACUUCAUAAAAAAAAUACAUCAUACCACUUUGUUAAUCACUUAAGGAGCUUCAUAGCAACUGGUGCGUAGCCUGUUCACAGACCCUCUAAUUUCUGUUCUACGUCCGUCGAGCGCGCGCGCGUGAUAAAAAAUAAACCGCGGAGGAUCUAUUGACCGCCAGCGCAAGCUCAAGGGCGUAAGGAUGGAGAACCAGGCCAACUGGUGCGCGAAAUAUAAUUUUUUUUUUUUCAGUUUCCAUGCCAAAAUGUUUAAAAUUUCUCGUUUAUUUCCAUGAAGAACGAUUUGUAGCCUCCAUGUUCGGUUGAACCCAAGUCCUGUCCUAGUAGUCCAAUCCGCCAUUUCGAUUGCACAUCCGGUCCGUGUACUUUGAGGAGUCUGGACAUGAAACCCGCGUUUAAAUUAUGUAAAUUUCGCUGUUCGCAGCGUUUUCCGUUUGAACUGAGUUGAAAGCAAAUUUACUGCCAAAUACCCUUCUCAUGUUAUGAAAUCAGCCGACCUACAAGACUCUUUCGACUAUCUUUUCAAAAUCGUUUUGAUUGGCGAUCCAGGAGUAGGGAAGACAUGCAUUGUUCAGCGGUUCAAGAAGGGCACCUUUGUCGAGCGACAUGGCAGCACGAUCGGUGUCGAUUUCACCAUGAAAACAUUAGUCGUCGACUCCAAAAAAGUUAAGGUGAGAGCAUCUUUUAACCUUUUUAACGGUCAAAGGAAUUGUUUGUUGAAAAAAAGUGGGACUUGUAGCAAAAACAUGGAUGAUUUAUUUAUAUUUGCAUAAGCUUACACUGAUGUUAAAAGCGCCUUAAAACCUUAAACGUAUACAUUUCCGCCUCAAAGGGCUAUUAAAAUCUACACAACCAACGCGAAUUUUUCCUGAUGAAAAAUGGAAAAUUGUCACGUUUUUGUCAUCUGGCGCAAAAAUAUCCUACUGUGUCCGUACUUGCCUGUCAUAGUUUUAUGAGUCAAAAUACAAAGUUUUUAAUUUUUUAUCAGUUGUUUCUCAAGCAAAAGAUCUGAAUUGAUUUCAUCCAGCAUAUGUAGUAAUUAGAGCGUAUUUUUUUUUCGAAGAUAUUUAUCCUACAGCGACUUUUCAAAAUAAACAAUUUACUUUAAAGAAAAGCCACGAAUUCCCUUUGUCUCGAAGGUUUUGAAUUAUGAGUUAAUGCAAGUUUCAGGCUAUAUUUACACUGUCAGUGUUUGUUUUCAAACCACAAUGUGUAAGACAAAAUGUUCUUGAAAACAGUACAUGUUGAUGUAUUCAGUGGUAACAUGAUGCAAUACGACACUCAGUGGUGUUAAAUUUUGUUCAGGGAAGUAGUGGCCAUGAAAAUGAAGAUAGUCUUACAGCCCUGGGGGAGGGGCACUCUGAAAAUAUUUGGGUACACGUGAGCCACUGAAGGUUUGACCCUGGCGCUAUUUAGGACUAAAAAUUACACAGGCUAGGCUGAUUCCCAAAUUUUAUCAAAUCUAUAUGUGCUUCUGGCAUGUAACAGUGCAAUUAUGCUGUGAUCAGGUAGUGCUUCUUCCCUUUUUGUUUUGGAGGUGAGGGGAAAAAGAUGCCUGAUACAGCAUACUACAUUUACGUAGCAGUCCGCCAACGUUUGCGCUAUCCCUGAAAAAGAAUGCCUGAUUUCAGGUUACAGUGUAAUUUAUUCUUUUUAUGCCAUAUUCCAUAUAUUGCUUUUUAGAGAAGUUGAAAGUGUGAAAUUCAAUACAAUUUAUAACACACACUCUUCCCUGGGGCAGAUGCCAAAAGGUAAAAUAAGUGGCCCACCCCAUAGUUGUGAAUGGUAGCUGCUUAGAGCACUUGACAGCUGAUUAUUCCCACAUAGGGUAUUCACUGCAAUUAUGUUUAAUAUUUCCCCAGUGUGACAAUCCACAUGCUCUGAGGGAAAAGUUUAUUCAUCUGCAAAAUGAUAGUCUUUUGUACCAACUUUGUCCACACAUCAUCAUGCCCAAGCAUAGUGAUUUUGUCAGCCAUUGGCUACUUUUCUAAAGUUGGACAUUUGUCUGAUGACCACCUGUUAUUUCCAGCAUAAUGUGAGUGGCAAACAUUAUUUUAAGGUCACACACUGUGUAAUUGGGUGACAAGACGGGGGCGGAAACUGGGGGGUUGGGUGUGGGAGCCUUAGAGAAUAGGGGAUGGGAAUGUUACAUGAGGCAGGAUGAGAAAGAGCUGGAGUUGGGAGGGUCGGAAGGAGGAGCAAUAGCGGGAGAUUGUGCCACUAUGCUUAAUAUAAAGAGCUAAAGGGAGGAAGCCAAGAAAUAAGGGGCGGGAGCCCAAAAUGUAACCCGAGAAAACGGCCAACAUUUCCUUUUUCCCUGAAAAAGGGCAUCUGAGGAAAAAGCCCAGUAAUUAUAUACUGACGACGUGUCACUACCCAGAACUGGGAAGUGCUUCUGAUUGGUUGAAAAUUUGCUUUAACCAAUCAGAAGCACUACCUAGAUCUGGGUAGUGACAGGUCAUCAGUAUGAAAUUUCGGUAUUCUCCUCAGAUGUCAUUUUGCAGGGAGACCAGUGGUGGUGUCACAAAAAUGUGGGCUGUUUUCUCAGGCCACCUUCUGGAAUGCAAGGUACUGGAGAUGGAAGAUUUGGGUCCCCUGUCCCUCCUCUCCCCCAGUCUAAUAUACAACUGUGUUAUAUUCCAGUUGCAAGUAUGGGACACAGCUGGUCAAGAAAGAUUUCGAACAAUCACUCAGAGCUACUACAGAAGUGCUAAUGCUGUGGUAAUAACUUAUGACAUUACAAAGAAAGACACUUUUAAGAAUGUUGUAAGGUGGACAGAGGAUGUCAAAAAAUAUGCCCCACCCAAUGUACUUAAACUUCUGGUGGGCAACAAGACAGAUAUAUCUGAAAGCCGGGAGGUCAGCAUUGAAGAAGCUAGGGCUUGUGCAGCUCAUUAUGGAAUGAUUGAUGUUUUGGAAGCCUCAGCCAAGGUGGGAACACAAGAAAAUGGCUUUUGAUUUGGUUUUAGCUAAUAAUCACUGAAUCAAUCACCUUGUGUAUUAGCCUGAAUUUCAGUGGUCCGCUCAGGUGGGACAGUUGAAAUUCAUGCUAGUUUUGUAUGAAAAAAGCCAAAAAAAAAAUUCUAAUAAGGGUCUGACAAUGUUCAUAACCAUUUCACGUUGAUUAACCGUGGUCCAACUGUGACCAGUUGAUCCCAACUGACUGAGAAAAGAUUGCUAGCAAGCAGUCUAGUUCAAUGAUUCUCUGUGUUCUUUUUCAUAGCUUGGGUAGCAGGCAUUGGUUUUCUCAAAGCAAAGGGGGAAAUCUCGAAGGCGGGGACAUGGGGGAAGAAAAGAAGAUGAGGCCUCCCUUCCUAUUUGCAUGUCCCCCUAGUGUGCUUCCUGCACUUUAUAAAUAAAAUUGAGGAAAAAAAUAGCCGGUGCCUGUCACGAAGGCCCUCCUUUCCUUAUCUCAUGUUCCCCUUGUGCACUCCAUGUGCUCUAUAAAGACUGACCAAGAGAAAUAACAAGCUCGUGUUACAUAGCUAGCUUCUCAUAAUCUCACUUUUGUGACAAAUCGGCUCAUUAACACCUUUCAUUGCAUCAACAGGAUGCCACAAAUGUUGAAAAUGCAUUUAUACGUGUUGCAACAGAACUGAAGAGUCGGUAUGAGAAUGGAUCUCACCUGCAAGCCACCAUAGUGGAAGGAGAUGUGAUUUUAAAUUCAAGGAAAGUUGACAGCAAGUGGUGCAGAUGUGGUUAG